AUGGUCGCCGUGGUCCGCUCUCUCAUGGUACUGCUGCUCGCUCAGGUGUUGCUGGAAGGUGCUACGGGACUUAUCCCCGAGGUCGGCCGGAGGAAGUACAGCGAAUCCGGGAAGCAGACCCCACAGCAGUCGGAGAGCUUCCUCAACGAGUUUGAGCUCCGACUUCUGAAUAUGUUUGGACUGAGGCGCAGGCCGACCCCGAGCAAGCAAGCCGUGGUGCCGCAGUACAUGGUGGACCUUUACCGCAUGCACUCUGCAAACGGAGACCACAGCACUAAACGGCCCAAGAGCAUGGGGAAGCACGCAGAGAGAGCCGCCAGCAAGGCCAACACGAUUAGAAGCUUUCACCAUGAAGGUAUGUAUUAGUGACAUACCUUUACCUGUCAGCCGGGGAGCUGCUCUGCUCUCUCAGACAACCCAAACCUAUAUUUAAACAUGACUCAGAGCGUCAGGACUCAACUUCAGAGUCUUCACUCUUUUAUGGAGCGUUAGUCAUUUACAGGUGACACGCGUCCAACUUAUCUAUGACUCUUCAAUAAUUUUAGGAGCGCUGACACAAUUACAAACAAGCCAUGCCAUGCACAAUAAAAUAAACUAAUGUACAAAGUGAUGCAACCUUUUACCAACAUUCCCCAGGCGCAGCUGUCACGGGCUCCAAAGCAUGAAGGGGCGGUGGUAUCCCUGGGGUAAUUUGUUUCUUAAUAAUUGAUGGUGUUUGCGUGGGCUCUGAAAACAGUUUUUCCAGACACGCACCACAGGCGCGGGAUAAAGGGCGGUGUGCCUGCGCGCAGGUGAUAGUCAUCACCCUGUUUCUUCAAUAACACACGACAUGACAUUAUGCUAACACGCAUUAUGACAAAGUCGUCGUGUCAGACUGAAUCCUGAGUCAUUUUAACAGGACUGAAAUUAAAGGGGGUGGAGGAGGGGUUGCGCGCCUUAUUCUUUCCAAUUCACCCCUCUCUCUCUCUCUCUCUCUCUCUGUCUCUCUCUCUCUGUCUGUCUCUCACUCCGCGCGCUGUGCGCCAUUACGCACGUUCCAAUAACACCAUAAUUGCUCACUUAGUUUAUAUGCUGGAUACGCGCUGAUUGUUGAAUCCAGGGUUUCAUUUCAAUUCCAAUUUUACGUCUAAAUCGCCAGCUGCUGCUCAGUUGAAUGAGGUUCACACAGGAACUGUCUGAGUUAUUGAUGAAAUUGAUCAUUUUAAACUGUUGAGGUGAAAUUUAAACUCCACUGGUGCCUGUUUGUAAACCCAGUUUAACACUUGGCAGCUGUGUGGUGCACCUGGUGGUAAUAUUAACAUGAUUUAUUUAUGAUUAAAAAAAAUAACUUUUACUGGCAAACACGCCGCUAAAUAUAGUCAGUAUCACUCAAUUUCCUACAGACAUGUUCCAGUUUUUACUACAUACAAGUUACUGAGUCCAUAGGGGCUCCACACACAGUCCUUAUACAGAGUCCUGAGUGUUUGAGUGGGGAAGUUUCCAUCAGGGGUGAGUCAGAGGGGUGGUUGAGUGGUUGCUUGGGUGCUCUCCAGAGGCCCAUGGUGCAAUGACACCCAGUGGCUACUCUGACACACUACAAACAAGCCUGGCCUGGGCAGCCCGUGCGAGUCUGUGUGAGUGCUCGCUGCCCACUCCUGGAAACCUCUGCACCGGCCAGCACACACCUUGACACCACCGGCCAUUACCAAUGUGUUCAGACUAUGUUUACAUGCGCUCCCAGUGGCUCUUUCAUCCUAUGCUAACAGAACGGCGGGGCUGUUAGUCUUCUCAUGUCAGGAGACGUGCAAUUGCUGGCUGCUCCAUAUAAUAAGCAUGUAUCUACAGAUGUAAACGCAGCACAUCAAAGCCAACAGCUCUAAUCAUUCAUCACAUCUGCCUGAUGAUAUUAAUUUCACUGGAAUAAUUAGUUUCCCCGCUAUCAGUUUUCAGAAAUAACCAUUUCCCAUGCCAAAUAGAACAUUUUCACUAUUACACAGGAAGUGGCUGCCAGAGACAGGUCCAUGAUAAAUGACCCAACAUUAGCCUUUAUCUUUUGUUUUGGCAUGCAGCGCAAAAAGAAAUUAGGAAUGUUGAUACACUCAUAUCUGUGGUUCACACGUUUUUGACAAGCCUCGACUUGUUCACACAGCCGGAGACAAACAGACAGAGAGAGUGAGUGAGUGAGUGAGUGAGUGAGUGAGUGAGUGAGUACGCAGCAGCAGCGGGAGAAACAGCAGAAGGAGUGACAGAGAGGAGGAGAAAAGAAAGAAAAGAGGAUUUGGGGCUAAGAGAACAGAGGGAGAAGGGGAUUUGGGUGCCGAGGAAGGAGAAAGAAAGAGAGGGAUUGGGGACAGAGGAGAGGGAACUAGAGACAGGGGGCUUUCCCACAUCAAAUGAGGAGUGAUAGGCCUAAUUGAGGUCUUUGUGCCUCUGGAGGGAGGUUUAGGAUGAGAUGGUGGAAUUUCCUGAAUGCCUCCUUUGAAAGAGCUCAGAGUUCAAAGUUUGUGUUUAUUUUACCACACUGAACAGAUUAAAAAGUGUGUCUAUACAUCAGCUAUGAUCUUCAUAAAAGAAGGGUUCAAAGUGAGGCCGCCUCAAAGUAAAUUACAGCUUUCUGUCCUUUACGGUUCAAUAUAAAGGGGAAUCCCAAUCAGCUUGAGUAUAAUGGAAAACCGUCUUUCAAGAAAUGGGAUUUGAAAUGUGUAAAAGCUUCUCAAUGUCCUCUUGAAGUUACGCUUACUGAAUCAAUCUUAAGCAAAACUGGUCAACUCUGUAAAAGUAGAUGCAAUAGUUGCCGUUACUCCAAAAAGUAAAGAUAUUAAUUCAAUAUUGAGAAAUGCUUUCUUAAGGAUGUCUGCAUGUCUGGUGCUGAAGUUGUUGGUGGUAAAUUUGAUCCACAGCCAGUUCUCAUAAGGCAAGUGUGUCAUCCCAAGGCAAGCCGAGUAGUAUGUUUGAUCUUAUCAAUAGAUGGAAGUGAGCCGCUUUCAUCUUCUGACAUCCAACCAGGUAAUUUACCAGCGUGACAGUAAUGACGGUAUUACAUCACCGUAAGAAGUGAAUCUGUCCCUGAGUCAUACAGACAAAUUGAUGAUGCGUGUGUUAUGCUCUUGUGACAAUAGCCCACACCCAUCCAAUAGAACCACGUGGCAGCUUGGCUGGCUGCACAGAAAGAAGGCUGCACGUUGUGUGUGUGUGAGAGAGAGAGAGAGAGAGUGAGUGAGCCAUGUGGGAAACCAUCCUGCUCACAGUGGAUCCAUGAGGCCAGCAAGGCUUUAAUUAAAUGUGUUAUUUCUGAUUCUUGUACCAUGCAUUAAGUUUCUGUUUAAUCUGUUCCAUGCUCUCCGCUAACACUUCAUGUCUUUGUGCUGUUUCUUGCAGAGUCUAUGGAGGCCCUAGCCAGACUAAAAGGCACAACAACCCAGCAGUUCUACUUCAACCUCACCUCCAUCCCCGAUGAGGAGCUCAUCACCUCUGCAGAGCUUCGAAUCUACAGGGACCAGGUCAGGGGAGCUGUAACCCCAACAAACAGCUCAAAAAACAGCAGCAGCAGCAGUAAACGUGCCCCCGCUGGCGGCUUCCAUCGUAUCAACAUUUAUGAGGUAUUUGGAAAUCCCGCCACUCCUGGUGCGGAGCCUUUAGCACGUCUGCUGGACACUCGGCUCGUGCAGGACUCUUUUAGUCGCUGGGAGAGCUUUGACGUCAGCCCCGCUGUGUCUAAGUGGACCUCUGGCAAAGUACACAACCAUGGUUUCAUGGUGGAGGUGCUUCAUCCGGAGGGAGGGGAGAUGGAUGGAGAGCAUGCUCAGAGACAUAGUAAGCAUGUCAGGGUUAGUCGGUCCCUGCAUGAGGACAGAGACUCAUGGCCUCAGGCCCGGCCUUUGCUGGUGACAUAUGGACAUGACGGCCGUGGGGACUCUGUACUUCACACACGGGAAAAACGUCAGGCAGCACUCCGCAAACAACGCAGAAAGCACCCGCACAAGGCCAGCUGCAAGAGACACGCUCUGUAUGUGGACUUCAGUGACGUGGGGUGGAAUGAGUGGAUAGUGGCGCCUCCUGGCUAUCACGCCUUCUAUUGCCAUGGGGAAUGUCCAUUCCCCCUUGCAGAUCACCUCAAUUCUACCAAUCAUGCCAUUGUGCAGACGCUGGUCAAUUCAGUCAACUCAAACAUCCCCAGAGCCUGUUGUGUGCCCACGGACCUCAGCCCCAUCUCCCUGCUCUACCUGGACGAAUAUGAGAAGGUCAUCCUAAAAAACUACCAGGACAUGGUGGUAGAGGGAUGCGGCUGCCGGUGA